AUGUCUUUCCUCCGAACCACAUCCUCAGCCUUCUCCCGCGCCCUCGACAACCGCGCCGCAUCGGGAAUUCCGACCUGCCGCCGCUCCGGCCACAACAUUCUCAGCCACACGGAAUCCAUCUCCGGCUCCACGAUACGUGCAUCCUCGUCAUCCUCCACCACGAACAACAAGAACGAGAAGGAGAAGAACAACGCCACCAUGUCCGACAAAAUAGAAACUGUCUUCACGCCCGAGAGCGUGGCGCCAAUCGGCCCUUACUCGCAAGCCGUCAAAGCGAACGGGCUAGUUUUUGUGUCGGGCAUGAUGCCAGCGACAAAAGACGGUAAGCAGGUCGAAGGAAGUGUGGCGGAGAAGACGCAUCAGAUGUGCCGCAAUGCGCAAGCCGUGCUGGAGGCGGCGGGGUGUGGGUUGGGGAAGGCGGUUAAGAUUACGGUUUACUUUGCGAACUUGGACGACUUUCAGGAGAUGAAUGAGGUGUAUGCGGAGUAUUUUCCCCACAAACCGGCGAGAAGCGCGAUUGAGGCGAAGAGGCUUCCAGCGGGGACGUCGAUGGAGAUGGAUAUUAUUGCAAUUCAGUAG